AUGGUUCUACGACUGAAAGAACAAAACCACUCAAGCGCCAGCUCUGCUCCGGUCAUUGACACCCCGAGUAUCGUGCGCUGUGUCAUCGAUGAUAUUCGCGCGAAUGGCGAUGCUGCUGUGCGAGCCUACUCUGAGAAAUUCGACAAAUGGAGUCCUGCCAGCUUCAAGCUCUCCCAGAAGCAGAUCGACGAUAUCAUUUCCACUGUUCCACAGCAGGUGCUUGACGACAUCAAGCAAGUUCAAGAGAAUGUGCGAACCUUUGCACUCGCGCAAAAAGCUUCAAUCAAGGAAUUCGAGAUGGAGAUCCGCCCCGGCGUGUACCUGGGACAAAAGAAUAUCCCGAUCAACUCGGUUGGCGCAUAUAUCCCUGGUGGUCGAUACCCGCUUCUUGCAUCUAGCCAUAUGACGAUCCUGACUGCUAAGUGUGCCGGCGUUCCCCAUGUCACAGCCUGCACCCCUCCGAUCGCCGGGAAGAUUCCCGCCAACACGGUCGCCGCGAUGCAUUACGCCGGCGCCGACGACAUCUACAUCUUGGGUGGUGUGCAGGCUGUCGCGGCGAUGGCGAUCGGCACAGAAACAAUGAAGAAAGUGAAUUUUAUUGCCGGACCGGGGAACUCAUUCGUUGCUGAAGCAAAGCGUCAGCUUUUCGGAGAAGAAAUUGGUAUCGACCUGCCUGCCGGGCCCACCGAGGUUCUGAUCGUCGCCGACCAACACGCUGAUCCCUUUACUGUCGCGACCGAUCUCUUGUCGCAGGCCGAACAUGGAUACGAUACGCCCGCUGUUCUGAUUACCACUUGCAAAACCCAAGGAGAGAAGACACUCGCUGAGGUCAAGCGAUUGUUAGAAAUCUUGCCUACCGCUGAUGUGGCUGGGGUUUCCUGGGAAAAGCUUGGAGAGGUCAUUGUGGUGGAGAACUUGGACGAGGCCUACAGGCUGGCCGAUGAGUAUGCGUCAGAGCAUGUGCAGAUCUUGACGCAGGAGCCCCGCGAAGCGCUGGCGAAAAUGUCAAAUUACGGUGCAUUGUUCUUAGGCGAGAAGACAUGUGUCUCAUAUGGCGAUAAGUGCAUUGGAACCAAUCAUGUUCUCCCCACCCGUGGUGCUGCACGUUAUACAGGGGGUCUAUGGGUUGGCAAGUUCCUCAAGACCGUGACUUAUCAAGAAGUGACUUCGUCGCAAGAAAGUGGAGAACUCGGUCGGCUCUGCGGGAGAGCAGCGCGCGCCGAAAACUUCGAAGGGCAUGCUCGUUCAGGCGAUGUUCGAGCUCAUCAGUAUUUAAGCGAUAAAUUCGAGUGGAUGUAG